AUGAACAGGCUGAUGCCUUGGGUCUCUGUCCUCGUCAUCCUCCCAGAAGCCUUUACUCAGACAGACCUCAGAGGGAAGGUAUUUGUGUUCCCUAGAGAAUCUUCCAUUGACCAUGUGACCCUGAUCACAAAACUGAAGAAACCUCUGAAGAACUUGUCCUUGUGUCUCCGAGCCUAUAGUGAUCUCUCCCGGGCCUACAGCCUCUUUUCCUACAACAUCUACGGCAAGGAUAAUGAGCUACUCGUUUUUAAAAACAGAACUGGAGAGUACAGUCUAUACAUUGGAAAAGCCAAAGUUACUGUUAGAGCUACCGAGGAGUUCCCCAGCCCAGUGCACAUCUGUACCAGCUGGGAGUCUUCCACAGGCAUCGCUGAAUUCUGGGUCAAUGGGAAGCCACUGGUGAAAAGGGGCCUGAAACAAGGUUAUUCUGUGGGAGCUUACCCCAAGAUUGUCCUGGGACAAGAGCAGGAUUCCUAUGGAGGAGGGUUUGAUAAAAGCCAGUCCUUUAUGGGAGAGAUUGGGGAUUUAUACAUGUGGGACUCUGUCCUGUCGCCGGAAGAAAUCCUACUUGUGUACCAGGGUUCCUCAUUCAUCAAUCCCACCAUCCUGGACUGGCAGGCUUUGAAAUAUGAAACAAAAGGUUAUGUUAUUGUCAAGCCCAUGGUGUGGGGCUGA